AUGAUUCUCGAGUGUGUGUCUUUAAAGAAAGUCGAUGAAGAUACACAUGAUGUUAUUAUGAAUGCAGUUUUCAGUGAUGAACGUCUCCCAGUUGAACAUUUUAAGUCCUGUUUAGCUACACGAAAGAGACAGGAAGAUGUUUUUAUGUUCUGGGCUAUGUUGACCUCUUCAAAAAUUUCCGAAGGACUAGUGGAUAUUCUCAAGCUGGAUAUGGAGACAGGAAGUGCAAUUAAAUUUGGCACAAUGACAGACAUUGUAGAGAAGCCUGGCUUUCAGCUUGGGUCUGCUGCUUGUUACUUAGGUCCCUAUGUGUACAUCUCAGGUGGCGGACCAGACUUUGGCAAAGUUAACUGGAUCAGGCAGAUCUGGAGGUUUGACGUGUCAAAACCGUAUGCCCCCUGGGAGACUGUGGGAGACCUGAUUGAAUUUCGUCGCAACCAUACGAUGGUGAUACUCAACUGGAAACUGUACAUCUUUGGCGGUUUUGGGAAGUUUCGAACCAAAAAUGUCCAGAUGCACAGUCUGGAUCUUAACUCCGGAGACUGGGAACAGUUGGCACCCAUGCCAGUCCAUGAGUUUAACCCUCCAGCCACCACCGCUAACACCUGCAUAUACUACAUCAGCUCGCACUGGACUCUCCACUGCUUCAGUCUUGAAACCAAAGACUGGACCCACCUGGACUUCUUAACCCCACCGGAACCUGCUCACCCCGAAAUCAGACCACUGACCCUGUUUCCCUUCAAGGCUGGAGAGAGUCGAUGCUUUGCUAUUGCUACUCUGUUUCGGGACACUUUGAAAAUACAGCUCCUGCGUGCUCAUGCACCAUCAUUGACCUUACAGACCUUUAGAGAAGUGGCUGACAUGCCGAUCUAUUUCACAUUUGCAAACUUUGUUACCCUAAAUGGAAAACUGGUGCUGUUUUUUACAUCUCAGAAAAGUGAUGAUCCGUUUUCUGGACAGAAUGAAAGCAGCGCUGCUUUCCUAAAUGCAUGGGGUUUUGACCCGAUGACCAAUCAAUAUAGUUGUUUUUCUGAUAUCCAUAAUGUGAGGCAAGCUCUCUCCAUUGCUGCAUUGCCUUAUUUUCCAGAUGUGUUUUCAUUGGAGUGUAAGGAACUGUUGUAA